AUGAGUGAAACCAACCGUCUUAAGAGCACCAUCUACGUCGGUGGUCUCGACCAGGCCGUCACAGCUCAUACUCUGGCAGAGGCAUUCGUGCCUUUCGGUGAAGUUGUCGACAUCUCACUUCCAAAGCCAGACCAACCGAAGACGGACGACGUCCACCGAGGCUUCGGAUACGUGGAAUUCGACCUUCCCCAAGAUGCCAAGGAGGCAAUCGACAAUAUGGAUGGCAGUGAACUGUACGGGCGUACGAUCAAGGUUGCUGCAGCCAAGCCACAGAAGGAUGCAAACGAGGGCCUAGGCAGCAAAACUGCUAUUUGGGAACAGGAGGGUUACUUGGCAAAACAUGCAGUUAGCGAGGAAGACCGACAAGCAGCUGAGGAAGUCAGAGAGGCAAACAACCGGCCCCAGGACCCAAUGCAAGGAUUGGAACAACUUGAUGUCGCGGGGCCAAAGCCCGAAUGA